UCCUCUUCUUAGUAGCCGCUUGAUGACGCCACAUCCCUGAACGUUUCUUCUACGUACAACAGCGGCCUGUGUUUUCACUCGAUCGCUGUAAUUUUUCUCUUCAGUGGAGGAUUUUACUCUGCUGUUUGCUACCACCAUGAAACUAGUCAGGUUUUUGAUGAAGCUCAGCCAUGAGACUGUGACCAUUGAACUGAAGAAUGGAACCCAGGUUCAUGGCACCAUCACAGGUGUUGAUGUGAGCAUGAAUACCCACCUGAAGGCGGUGAAGAUGACCCUGAAGAACAGGGAGCCCACUCAGCUGGAGUCGCUGAGCAUCAGAGGCAACAACAUCCGCUACUUCAUCCUGCCAGACAGCCUUCCUCUGGACACCUUGCUGGUGGAUAUCGAGCCUAAGAUAAAAUCUAAGAAGAGAGAAGCAGUGGCAGGGCGGGGACGAGGCAGGGGACGUGGACGUGGGAGAGGAAGAGGACGAGGGCGAGGAGGACCGAGGAGAUGAUCAUCUGGUCUUUCUGGUUUUUCUCAUUGUUUCACUGUUUGUACAGGAUUUUCCUUUUUUUUCCAUUCAGAGAAAAUGAUUUGUGAAUUUCAGUGUGUUUUUCUUUUUUUGUACAAUAAAACAAGAUGACAAAGAG